UGCUCCUGAGGUCCCGCCCCGGCUCCGGAAGUGCUCCCCAGGGAAAGAUGGCGGCUGUCUCCGUGUGCCAGGCUCCGGUCGGCGGUUUCUCUUUCGAUAACUGCCGCAGAAAUGCUAUCCUUGAAGCUGAGUUUUCAAAAAAGGGCUAUAAACUUCCAACAGCUCGAAAAACAGGCACAACCAUCGCUGGAGUGGUAUACAAGGAUGGCAUAGUUCUUGGGGCAGAUACAAGAGCAACAGAAGGAAUGGUUGUUGCUGACAAGAACUGUUCAAAAAUACAUUUCAUAUCUCCUAAUAUCUAUUGCUGUGGUGCUGGGACUGCAGCAGACACUGACAUGACAACUCAGCUGAUCUCUUCCAACUUGGAGCUCCAUUCCCUUUCUACAGGACGCCUACCCAGAGUUGUUACAGCUAAUCGAAUGCUUAAACAGAUGCUUUUUAGGUAUCAAGGUUACAUUGGUGCAGCCUUGGUUUUAGGGGGAGUAGACGUUACUGGACCUCACCUCUACAGCAUCUAUCCUCAUGGAUCAACUGAUAAAUUGCCUUACGUCACCAUGGGUUCUGGGUCUUUGGCAGCAAUGGCUGUAUUUGAAGAUAAAUUUAAACCAGACAUGGAGGAGGAAGAAGCUAAGAAGCUAGUAAGUGAGGCCAUCUCAGCUGGGAUCUUCAAUGACUUAGGAUCUGGGAGUAACAUAGAUCUCUGUGUUAUCAGCAAGUCCAAGUUGGACUUCCUCCGUCCAUUUGAUAUUCCCAACAAGAAGGGAAGCAGGUUUGGUAGGUACAAGUGUGAGAAAGGGACAACUGCUGUUCUUACUGAGAAAGUCACUUCCCUGGAAAUUGAAGUGCUGGAUGAAACAGUGCAGACUAUGGACACUUCCUAAAAGGGCUUGCUCAUCAGCUCCAUUGAUCAAGAAGGUUUGGGGUUGCCCCUAGGUCACCUCAUGUAAGACAAAUGCAUCACUAAUAAACAAAUGGUAAUUAUGUAGCUAAG